GAUCUGAACAUGGGAUUACAAGUGAUGGAUUCUUUGAAUUGACAGAUCUACCAAAAAAAACUGUAGUAGUAGGUGCUGGGUAUAUUGCUGUAGAAAUGGCAGGGAUUUUGAAUACAUUGGGAUCUGAUACGUCUAUUUGUAUUCGUUUUGAUCAGGUUCUUCGUAAUUUUGAUGCUAUGAUUAGUAAAAAUCUAACAGAAUCUAUGGAGAGUUCUGGUGUUAAAAUCUGCAGACGAACACAGGUGACUUCUGUAAAGAAAGAAUUGAAUGGUAAACUAACCUUAGAUACAACUACUGGUGCAAUGAAUGAUGUUGAUUGCCUACUAUGGGCUAUUGGUAGAAUUCCAAAUAGUGAUAUUGGACUUGAAAAAGUG